AUGUCCGCUCGAGGCCCUAGAGGUGGCCGCGGAGGAGGCCGCGGCGACUUUAGCGACUCUCCUAGGGGCCGUGGCAGCUUCAGUGGAGGCCGUGGUGGCCGCGGUGACAAUCGUGGAGGCCGUGGAGGUCGCGGCGGUCGCGGUGGCGGCGGCGGCGGCGGAGGCCGUGGAGGUGGUUAUGGAGCCGCCCCGGAGAUCUUCGCCCCUCCGGGAGGAGUACCCGUUGAUACGGAUGUAAUGAAUGUUGAAAAUAAAUAUCACACGAGCACUGGUGAUUUGAGCCUCGACUUUCUUUCUUUAAACCGUCAAUUUCCUCUUCGUCCUGGAUAUGGACUUCGGGGGGACAAGGUUCUUGUCUGGGCCAACUACUUCAAACUUGAGAUUGAUCCGGGAACACCAGAAAAGGCGAAACCGCACUUUCAUCGGUAUAAGCUCGAAUGCAAAUCGACAGGUAAGGGAGCAGAGCCGAAGGGCAGAAAACUCAAAAGAAUCAUUGAAAUCCUAUUAGAGGAUCAUUUCCAAGAUGUUUAUGAUCGUGUCGCGACUGACUACAAGGCGACCGUGAUUUGUUGUGAUUCUCUUCAGUUUGAUGAAAAGGUGUUUGAUGUUGCAUAUCGCUUAGAAAAUGAGGACCCGCCUGAAAAUCCAAUUAUUUACCAAAUGCGUGUGGUUGCUACUGGAACUCUCGCACCUGGUGACUUGAUCAGCUAUCUGCGUUCUGCAUCUGCUGGUGAUAUAUGCGACAACAAGGAAGAGAUCAUCCAGGCGAUGAACAUCAUUGUCGGACACUAUCCUAAAACCGAUCCUGGCAUUGUCAACCUGGGUGCGAACCGCCAUUAUCCCGUGGAUGCUAGAAUGGAAAAGUAUAGCCUUCAAAGCGGCCUUGAAGCUUUAAGAGGAUAUUUCGUAAGCGUUCGCCCUGCAACAGGCCGCCUUCUUGUCAAUGUCCAGGUUAAACAUGUCGCUUGUUUUGCUUCCGGCCCUCUACCCGCACUUAUCAAAUCUUUACGUGCAUCUCGCGGUUCAGUGCAUUCCCUUCUGAAAGGCGUUCGAGUUCAAGUUUCGCAUCUGCAGAAGGUCAAAAAUGGCAAAAAGCUUCCACGAGUCAAAACUAUUCUAGGUCUUGCAUCCCCCCAGAACGGUCGUAGCCAGGACCACCCUCCCAAAGUGGCGAAUAUUGGAGCUGGUCCCAAAAAUGUUCAGUUCUACAUCGAAGGACCCCUCCAAGGCAGCUCAUCCAAGUCUGCUCCGGGUGGCAAUAAGGGGAAAAAAGGGGAAUCCGCCGGGAAACCCCCAAACACAAAAGACAAAGAUCACGGCUACAUAAGUGUUUUCGACUAUUUCCGCCUAGCACAUAAGUUCACUAAUAUGGAUCCGACUAUGCCAGUUGUCAAUGUUGGCACGAUGGAACGCCCAAGCUAUCUUCCAGCGGAGCUGUGCUAUGUUGAAUCUGGGCAGGCUACAAAGGGAAAAUUGGGCCCCUCAGAAACGAGGGAAAUGAUAAAGUUUGCGGUGCGAAAGCCAGCAACGAAUGCAAAGUCCAUUGUCAACACGGGUAGCCAGAUCAUUGGGUCGUCUACCGCUCUAAAUUUACUGGGCAACAUGGGCAUUAAGCUCGUUCCGAAACUAAUCACGGUACCUGCCCGUAUUUUGCCAGGUCCUAAUGUCCAGUAUAAGUCUAGAAACGUGACACCUAAAUCGGCAAGCUGGAACCUGAAUGGUGUUCAGUUUCCCCGCAGUGCUACAUUGUCACAAUGGACAUACUUGCAUCUCCCAGGGGAAGGACAGAACAUGAAUAUUCGCGAAAAAGUGAAAGAGUUCCAACAGACGGCGUCAAAACAAGGCAUGCGCGUUGCGGAGCCUUUAUCCUCAGUGAAUGUCAAUGUUAUUUUCAGGAACAAUGAUAGCCCAGAGGAGACGGCAAGUAAUGUGGAUGCGGCCUUCAAGCAGCUUUUGGAUAAGCACCGGAAUCUCAAGGUACUGCUGGUUGUGUUGCCCAAAGACGAUGCAGCAUUGUAUAACAGAGUUAAAUACCAAGGCGAUAUCCAACAUGGCAUCCACACUAUUUGUGUGAUCGCGACAAAGUUCAAUGGUGUUCAGUAUUAUGCAAAUGUUUCUCUGAAAUUUAACCUAAAGCUGGGCGGUGCUAAUCAUACUCUUGAGGCUUCAAAAUUGGGAAUUAUUGGGCAAGGCAAGACCAUGGUAGUUGGCAUUGAUGUCACGCACCCUUCGCCCGGAUCCUCGCUCCUCGCACCAAGCGUUGCUGCACUUGUUGCCAGUGUUGAUUCUGAAUUAAGUCAAUGGCCCGCAGUACUUCGAUUGCAGAAAGAGCGUAAAUCAGAAAUGGUGGAUUCGCUUCAGGAAAUGCUAGAGUCUCGACUUAUAUUUUGGAGCAAGAAGAACGGUAGCUUGCCGGAGAACAUCCUGGUUUACCGAGACGGAGUUUCUGAAGGCCAAUAUUCCCUGGUCUUAGAGAACGAACUGCCUCUACUGCGCAAGGCCUGCGAGCGUAUCUACCCAGCUACCAUGACGACGAAAGGCCUGCCUUGUUUUUCUGUUAUCGUCGUGGGCAAGCGACAUCAUACUAGAUUUUAUCCCACCGAUGGAGAGAAAGCAGACCGUUCUAGCAAUACGCUCAAUGGGACAAUUGUCGAUCGUGGAGUCACGGAGACCAGAGAUUGGGAUUUCUUCCUGCAGGCACACACUGCGCUUCAGGGAACAGCUCGGCCUGCACAUUACUUUGUUAUUCUGAAUGAAAUUUUUAAGAAGCCAACUCUACCCGGUUUCACUGCAGCCGACUUACUAGAAGAUUUAACACAUAAUCUCUGUUAUCUUUUCGGCCGCGCCACCAAAGCUGUUAGCAUCUGUCCUCCGGCUUAUUAUGCUGACCUUGCCUGCGAACGUGCUCGUCGUUAUCUCGCUUCUUACUAUGAUGCGACUCCGACUGCCAGUGUCAUUUCCGGCCAGACUGAAAAAGCACCGUCUUUAGCAGACUUACAAGUCCAUGCUGACCUUCGUAAUUCUAUGUUCUAUAUUUAA